GCGUAUGCAUGUUGUGUGUGUUAUGCAUAUUUAGUCGACGCAUCUUCUGCUUCUGCUGCGCUACAACAAUACAAACACAAAUAAAGUACUCAAUUAAAUUGUUCAGACUCUAAAUAGUUUUUGUGCAAGUGUGAAUGAAACAAUGAUUUAAGUGCGCGAAAACUGUUGAAUCUACAUCAAGGAAUCAUUCGCUGAUACACACCCUUUAUGGCUUCGAUCGACAAGAUGUACCCGCAAGUUCCGAAGAAGUCGUAAAAGAAAAUACUCAGUACUCAGCAAUUAUAAACAAUUUAACCUAGUUCAUUAUUCUGACGUUCAUCAAGGCCUACCGUGUACCUACAGCAGUUGAUCAAUAAUAAUCAUGGCAACGCUCGAAGAUAAAAUUCUAGGCGAAAAGAUGCAGUAUUACUGCAGUAGUUCCAGCGACGAUGAGAACGAUUCGGGCGACUCUGACAGAGAAGAGAACGGAUCUAAGAUUUCGGAUAUGCCGGAUAAGCAACCGUCAAUGGACUUUUCCGAGUGGGAUGGGACUUCUAGCAAUACUGGUCCUAAGGGUGUCAUCAGGGACUGGCAACGUUUUAAUCAAUUAGAAACCGAGAAGAGAGCAGAGGCAGAAAGGACAAGAUUGGAGCUUAUGAAACAUCUUAGUUUGUCCUGUCGUAGCGCUCUAGACGAAGAAAGAGAAAAGAUGCUCAAGACUGAUCCAGAAUUUGCUGAAUUCAUGGCUGAUGAAUUCCUCUUGUCUUAUCAGAAACAGAGAAUGCAAGAAAUGCUUGCCAAAGCUGAAAAGUUACGCUUUGGCACCCUUUACCACUUGGAUGAUGCCGAACAAUUUCUAAAAGCCAUCGAUGAAGAGGACAAAUCUGUCACAAUAAUUGUUCACAUUUACCAAAAAAAUAUUCUUAGUUGCGAAGCUAUGAAUGGCUGUUUAACAAUUCUUGCUCAGGAAUAUCCAUUUGUUAAAUUUUGUAAAAUACUAGCAUCUGCUGUUGGUGUUAGCAAACACUUCAAAGAGGAAGGGGUACCUGCCUUACUAGCAUAUAAAAAUUGCCAUAUGAUUGAAAACUUUGUUAAUCUCUCCAAUGAACUUGGAGAUGAUUUCUAUGCUUCAGAUGUAGAGAUUUUCCUCAUUGAACACGGUAUACUUCGUGAUAAAUCCUGUAUUCCAUCAAUCAUACAAAGCUCACAAGAUGAUUCUGAUGACAGCGACUAAAGGAUCUUUCAGUACAGAUAUAAUGUAGAAGAAGACUGCUACACUAAUAGCAAUCGACAACCACUGUACACUUUUGUCAAACUGCUAUCUUUUUAACAACAGAAUUAUUACCAUACCCCAUAUAUACAUACACAUACACAUACAUACACACAUACAGAUACACAUACACACACAUACAACAAACUCAUAUGACUUACAUAUUCAAAAAUAUGCUUUCGAAAUAAUUUAAAAAUAAUAAAUGUAUAUAAUUUCAUAUGAUUUUAUGUAUUCCAUUAGUUUUUAAUGCUUUAGUAUGGAACUCUUAUUUGAAUUAUUAGUAUUGGAAAUUUUGAUAAUUUACAUUGAAGUGCCAGUGCAAUUUUUAUAUGUACUUCUAUUCACUAUUCACGUAUUUAUUAAACAUCUUCAAAAGUGUACCGAACAUUUCACGAUUCUAACAAAAAUAUAUCAUUUACUU